GGAGUGCGUGGGGCAAACAAACACCCCAAAUGUUCCUGGGAAAACGGGCAAGAGACGAGGGCGACCCCCAAAGCGGAAAAAACUAUUGGAAGAAAAUUUACUGAGGGAGAAGGCAGAAGAGAACUUGCUAAUCCACGAGACUCAGAUAAGAAAUGGGUCCCAAGGGCCUGGCCGUGGGACAUGGUGGCUGCUGUGUCAGACGGAAGAGGAGUGGAGGCAGGUCACAGAGAGCUUCAGAGAGAGGACUUCCCUUAGAGAGCGGCAGCUCUACAAACUCUUGAGUGAAGACUUCCUGCCGGAGAUCUGCAACAUGAUUGCACAGAAGGAGAAGCGUCUGCAGCGGACAGAGUUUUCUCCCAGGUGGAUGUCUGACCAUCAGCCCAUCAAACCAAUCAAGCAGGAGGUAAACCCAAACAUGCUGAGUUCGAUGGAGAAGCAGAGGCGCAGGGAGGAAGAGGAGGAGCGACAAAUCCUUAUAGCAGUGCAGAAGAGGGAGCAGGAGCAGCUGCUAAAGGAGGAGAGGAAGAGAGAGAUGGAAGAGAAAGUCAAAGCAGUGGAAGAACGGGCCAGGAGGAGGAAGCUUCGUGAAGAGCGGGCCUGGCUGCUGGCGCAGGGCAAGGAGCUCCCCCCUGAGCUUUCCCACUUGGAUCCCAGUUCCCCUACCAGGGAAGAGCGAAGGACUAAGGAUCUCUUUGAACUGGACGAUGAGUUCACGGCCAUGUACAAAGUUCUAGAUGUGGUAAAGGCUCACAAGGACUCUUGGCCCUUCUUGGAGCCUGUCGAUGAAUCGUAUGCUCCCAACUACUAUCAGAUCAUUAAGGCACCCAUGGACAUCUCUAGCAUGGAGAAGAAGUUGAAUGGAGGUCAGUACUGCACCAAGGAAGAAUUUGUGGGUGAUAUGAAGACCAUGUUCAGGAACUGUCUUAAGUACAAUGGUGAAGGCAGUGAGUAUACCAAGAUGGCUUACAACUUAGAGAGGUGUUUCCACCGAGCAAUGAUGAAGCACUUCCCUGGGGAAGAUGGAGAUACAGAUGAGGAGUUUUGGAUCAGAGAAGACGGGAGACGAGAGAAGAGGAGCCGGCGAACUGGCCGCUCCAGCACAGGCAAUGUUUGGACUCGGUCUCGAGACCCAGAUGGACCAGGCAAGAGGCAGCAACGCCUGGAAAAUGGAGGAAAACCUCCGCCAUAUCGAGCUACUUCCAGGGCUCCUGCUUCUUCCUCUUCUUCCUCCUCCUUCUCCUCAUCCUCUGCAGAGGAUUCAAGUGGCAACUCAAUGCAGCCUCCUCGAGAAGUGGGCCCUUCCAAUGGGCGAGGUUUCCCUCGCUCUCUGCAGUACAGUGGCAUGCCCAGCCCAGUGCCACAUCCUGGCCAGAUGAGACCAGCCAUUCCAGGAACGUUUGGUCCCCUGCGCGGAUCAGAUCCCACAAAACUGUACGGCUCGCCACGAGUGCCUGAGCCCCAUCCUGGAGACCCAGUCCAGCAGCACCAGCACUUUGCCAUGCAGCCGGUCGUGGGACUGAGCGAGCACCGCGGGCACAGGCUGGCUGCCCCAGAGAA